GGCGACCCACCCUCCCUUAGACCCUCGUCUCUCCCUGGGUUUAUAUUUCCCAAAUCCGGUACUGCCAGGUGCUGGCUGUAGGUAGCCAAGGGUCCCCGUUCCUGUGCUGCCCGGACCCGAGAGGCUGAUGCACUGGGUACCAGGCAGGAAAGGAGGAAUCGAGACCCAAGCAACCGCGGAGGGGCGGGGCCCGUUCGGGCGACAUCCCAAUGGGCAGCUUUUCGAAUACUUGCCUGGGAAAUCUCCAAAGGUGGGGGCUGCAGACCUAGAAAGAACUACGGGUGGGGCGUGAAACGGGAGAAUCUAGACAGACCCGCUUUUAGAUCGGAUGGUGGUCAAAAUGCAGGAGAGUCCUGGAGGGCCACAAGAUGACGUGCAUGAUGGCUGGUCGGUGACCUGAGGGCACUCGGGGGAGGGGACAGAGUGAAAGCGACUGCAUGAAUAUAGUGGGUAGUAGGGCCCAGAAGACAGAAGAAAGAUUAUAGGGGCCUUAUGGGGACAUCACAGAGGACCUUGAGUGGAGUACAUAGCAAGAACAGAGUCCUUGUUCCCCUCUCCGGUUCGAUCUCAUAUUCUCUAGCAUCCAUCAGGCCUCAUUUGCAUCUAUGGAUGCUGGUGCUGCUACUUUGCUGCCUCCAGACCUCAGCACUUCCCUCUAUAGAGGCCAUGGAAGGCCCCCUCUCUCGAACAGGUGGGUCUCCAGAACCUGGGCCUUCUUUCUCCACAGGAUCUCCCCACACUUUGUCCCCUCCAAGGCUCAACCAUUAUCCUGUCAUUGACACCCAGUGUGUCCCCUACAUAGUGCUGGUGGAUGAGGAGUCACAGAGGGAGGCUGGGGUCAAUGGGACUUCGGUUCAGAAAAAAUGUUACAGCUGUCCAGUGUGCUUUAGGGACUCUGAGUAAUCUUACCUUCAGCGACACAGCAUUACCCACUUGGAGGUGAAGCCCUUCAAAUGCAACACCUGUGGGAAGGCAUUCAAGUGGGCCAGCCCUCUUGAGCAGAGCUCCAUACACGGGGCAGGUGGUGGUUAGCCCUACAGCUGUUUGUUCUGCCCUCGCUGUUUCCGGGACGAGGGCAAGUUGACCCAGCACAUCAGUGGAUACUCAGGGGACCACCCAUUCCAGUGCCCACAUUGCCUGCGUCGCUUUAUGGAGCGGAACAAAUUACAGAAGCACACUCGGUGGAAGCAACCGCUCCUGGGAUCCCAGGGAUCGAGGGGCUCCUGAAUCUCUCAGACAUGGACCUGAGUUGCAGGCUGGCUUUCAGGGCCAUAGACACAAACCCAGGCCAACCUCUUUGAAGCAAGCCUUGCCUGGAAGAGUCUCUGAGCCGUCAAUACAUCACAGUACUUUGGACCUAUGAUGGGAAUGCACCCUCAGAGAAAACAGCCCUGCACCUUGAACACUGGGAGUCCGGACAGGAGGAAUGAAGGACAGUGUUGCUUGGGAAACUUGCCUCGGAGGUUUUGGUGGGCAGUCAGAAGUCUCCUUUAUUUUGACACUGGCCCUAGACUGGACACCAAAUAAACACCCCACUCUCAAUUAGCACUUCAAUUUUUGAGAUGUCUUAGUUUAC